AUGGCAGGCAAGGCCUCCGUCGUUGCGCUGUUCCUGGCCGUGAACCUGGCGGUGUUCGCUAUGGCCAGCGCCAGCGGUGGCGACUGCCCCACGCCGCCGACGCCGUCGACGCCGACCCCGACGCCGGCCUCGUCCGGCAAGUGCCCCCGCGACGCGCUCAAGCUGGGCGUGUGCGCCAAUGUUCUGGGCCUGAUCAAGGCCAAGGUGGGCGUGUCGCCCACGGAGCCAUGCUGCCCGCUGCUGGAGGGGCUCGUCGACCUCGAGGCCGCACUCUGCCUCUGCACCGCCAUCAAGGGCAACAUCCUCGGCAUCAAGCUCAACCUGACCGUCGACCUCAGCCUCAUCCUCAACCACUGCGGCAAGAGCGUGCCCACCGGAUUCAAUGCGCUGCAGGGCAGGGGCUUGCAACUUGAGCCAUGGCAUCCAAGGCCGUCCUCUUCGUGGCUCUCAACCUCCUGUUCUUCACAGUGGCCAACGCCUGCGGAAGCUGCCCGACCCCAACGCCGCCACCGCCGCCGCCUCCUGCUACCCCACCCCUCCAUCCGCGGUAAGUGCCCGCUGAACGCGCUCAAGUUCGGCGUGUGCGCCGAUGUGCUCGGCCUCGUCAAAGGCGAGGCUGGCAAGGUGCCUGCUGAGCCAUGCUGCACCCUCAUCAAAGGCCUUGUAGACCUCGAGGCCGCCGUCUGCCUCUGCACGGCCAUCAAAGCCAACGUGCUCGGCGUCGUCAUCGAUGUCCCUAUCAAGCUCAGCGCCCUCGUCAACUACUGUGGCAAAUGCGUGCCCAAGGGCUACAUCUGUGCGUAA